AUGGGUCUCUCAGUGAGUGCCAUCCGCAUGAGCACGUUGGAGAUCGUGACACCACGCUCUACGGAGAUCCUGGUGGCCGUGGAGUGCCUCAAGGCGGGCCAGAAGGCGUGCACGGCAGACAGCAGUGGCAACAUCGGCUCCGGCAGUAAGGGCAAGAACAACUUUGGCACUAGGAACGUCGGGGAUGACAACAUUGGUAACUCUAACGUGGGCACUGCCAACUGGGGAGAUGCCAACAAGGGCAAGGGCAACCGCUGCUUCAACAGCGUCGGGGAUCGCAAAGUCGCCGAGAUUCGAAGCUAUCAGCAGCCUACUCCUUUGGCUCCGCAAUGA